ACCCAAUCUCUUAUCACGCAUGCGUCCUGACCUCGAGCCAAUUUUUCAGUUUUCCUGAGUCACUUUCCUCUAACGUUUGCGAAGAUUUUACUUCAUCUCUCUUUUUUUCAAAUAUCGCUAACAGUAGCCACAAGUAAAGAUGAGCUCUAUAGGAACCGGGUAUGACCUGUCAGCAUCGCAGUUCUCUCCUGAUGGCAGAGUGUUCCAGGUAGAAUACGCCAACAAGGCAGUGGAAAACAGUGGGACUGCUGUUGGCAUCAGAGGGAAGGAUGGUGUUGUCUUUGCUGUGGAGAAGUUGGUUCAGUCCAAGCUGUACGAGGCGGGAGCAAACAAGAGGAUUUUCAAUAUAGAUAGGCACAUUGGCAUGGCUGUAGCAGGUCUUCUUGCUGAUGCCAGACAGAUAUCUGAGAUAGCCAGAGAUGAGGCCAGUAACUUUAGGUACAACUAUGGUGGGGCCAUUCCAUGCAAGAACCUGUCAGACAGAGUGGCCAUGUACAUGCAUGCCUACACUCUGUACAGCCAUGUCAGGCCAUUUGGGUGCAGUGUGAUGCUUGGAUCAUACGACAAAGAUGAUGGACCACAACUGUACAUGAUGGAUCCAUCAGGAGUCCACUGGGGUUAUUAUGGCUGUGCCAUCGGCAAGGCAAGGCAGGCAGCAAAAACAGAGAUAGAGAAGCUGAAGAUGACAGACCAGUCUUGCAGAGAUCUGGUGAAAGAAGCAGCAAAGAUCAUCUACAUUGUCCAUGAUGAAGUGAAAGACAAAGCCUUUGAGUUGGAGCUGAGUUGGGUCGGGGACGUGACCAACGGAAGGCAUGAGAUGGUACCAAAGGACAUUGUGGUAGAAGCAGAGAAAUAUGCAAAGGAGUCUAUGGAGGAGAGUGAUGAUUCUGACGAAGAGGAUCUGUGAUGUGUCAGGCACACAGACAUGAUGACAUGACUGUCAAUAAACUUAGUAAUGAGCCCCACAUGCUGUAGGAACCUGGCUCUCUCUGAUAUAUGAAAUGAGCCCAUGUAAAUAUUCUGGUGUUUUGUUAAAGUCAAGAUAAAAAUGGAACCUUUAUAAGACCCGUGAUACACAAGUAUGGCCUUUCACUUAACAUAUUGUCCAACAGUUGGUAACAUUACAGUAGUAAGGAAGCUGUCCAUUUUGCAUUAUUGAUACAUGUACCUGUAAUGAAUCCUUUUUCACAUGAAUGCCACAUUAUCAUUCUACACUAUUUCCACACUAGGCAUGUGACACUCCCUUGUCAUACUUUGAUAGUAACAGCUACUGGCAGCUGAAAGUCUUUGAUACAUUGAGAGCAACAACUUUAGUGGUCCACCUUAAGGGUGACUGACAAUACUCCAGUUAACUGUGCUGUAGAGGGGAUGUUUAGUGCAGGAUAAGCUCUUACCAUGCACAUGUAUGGUCUCUGCUUGACCUUUUGAAUUAAAUAUGAUGUCCUCCAUU